AUGUCAUCAUCAUCCACCUCUCCGGCGGCGCCUCAAAAGCAUGCCAGAAUUCUUGCAUGUGUUCUCUGCCAGCAUCGGAAAAUCAAAUGCGAUCGUAACUCUCCCUGCUCCCAUUGCAUCAAGGCAAACGUCACUUGUGUCCCUAGUACGCCUGCUCCGGCCAGAAAACGACGACGACGCCCGAACCAAGACCUUCAGGACCGUUUGUCACGAUGCGAGGAACUGUUGAAGCAGUACGCCGACUGCUCGGUCCCUGGGCAGCAACCCGAACGACAAGCCGUGACACCCACCAGUGCCGAACCCACCAAGUCGGGCAUCAUGUCGGAACCGACGCGCAUGGCCAACGAAAAGGACAAGACGUACAGCCAUCCUCGUCUGAGAAUAGUUGAGGAUGAUGGUAGUGUUCGGUUUAUGGAUUGUUAUGUAUUGACCACCGUCUAUGAAGAAUUGCAAGCAAUGCGAGACAUAGUCGAGACAGAGGACCCUGGGGAAUAUAGCAUUGGCGGUUCCGAAGGGCCGACACCUGACAACAAUUCCGACCUGCUCUUUCCCGGCGAAGUCUCCACCACCAACAUCGAGCAUCUUACACCGGAUCCCAUCCAUGCCUUCAAAUUAUGGCAAAUUUUCCUGGACCGCGUGAAUCCGCUGUUGAAGGUGAUUCACGUCCCUACCGUUCAGCCUGUUGUCACGGAAGCUGCCACGAACAUGGUUCACCUUCCUCAUCACCAACAGGCGCUCGUGUUUUCCAUCUACGCUACCGCAUGUUUGUCCCUUGCAGAGGCAGAAUCUGUCCAGCUGCUGGGAAUGCCACGAGAAUCCGCGAUUCAAAAGUUUCUGCAUGGCGCCAAGAUUGCUUUGGUGCGAUUCAACAUCUUGAAAAACUACAACAUGGUUGCCUUGCAAGCACUUAUCCACUUCAGUAUCAGCACGCAAGAUCGAUAUGAUGGGCACGGGGCCUGGGUGCUCACCGGCAGCAUCCUUCGCAUAGCCCAGAAAAUGGGGUACCACCACGACGGCGAGAAGCUCGGCUUGGAUCCGUAUGAAACGGAGAUGCGACGUAGGAUAUGGUGGCAGAUUCUUCAACGAGAUUCUAAAUACUCCAUUACUUCGGGCAUAUCCCAGUGUCGGUAUCCCUUUCAUUGGGAUACGAAGCCACCUCAAAACAUCAAUGACGCAGACAUCUUGCCUGGGUCUAUGCAGAGAGUACAGCCUCACGACGGUCCUACAGAAAUGGUCUUCAUGAUGGCGAUCGUGGCGUUUCUCAAAUUUAGGUUCCAAAUGGAAGAAGACAACCUUGACCUCGCUACUGCUUUACAAGGCUUAAUCUUGGGACAAAAUCCUACCUCGGACAAGAAAUCAUCCGACGCCAUGCACCAGGACGUUGUGACCAAGUUUCGAAAGCAUCUGGGCCAUCUUGACGAGACUCUUGCCGUUAUGGAGCGGAAAUACAUUGAUGUCAAUGCUGGAAACGUGCACAAGGCUGCCAAGGGCCUUCGUGCUUUCUACUUGGGAAAGAUUGACGGCAUUGCUGAGCCUGUCGAGGAACAAGCCGAGCAUGGAACUGAAUCCUUGGCUCCAAAGGACAACGUGAUCAGGUUUAUUCUCAUGUUGAUGGAACAACGACUGGGAAACUACGCAGAUAUGGAAGCGUGCGGAUUUUUGUGGUUUGUAAAGUCGUAUUUCCAUCUCGACAUCUUCACCGUCCUGACAGGUCAGUUGUGCCAGCGACCUGCCAGCAACCUGGCUGAUCGCGGUUGGGCAGUGGUCGAGCAGACCUAUGAAUAUCAUUCCGAGCUGCUGGACAUGUCGCAAAAGGAGUUUUCUAGCCAGGCCCUGCUCAUUCUGAGGGCUUGGAGAGCCCGUGAGCAAGCGUUUACGCAUAAUGGCCAGCACUUGGAAACGCCACCUUUCAUCCAGCGUCUUCGAGAGCUUCUACCGUCACACGAAAGCCGUCUUUCGGUUUCCACCAGCACCACGGCUUCCUUUUCUCAACAACAAAACGAAGCUCCACAACAAGCUGUACCGUUGUUCCAAGGCCAUCAGUUUCCGAUGGCGGCGCAACACAACAUGUUGCCACAUCCGUUUCAGCAGCAGCAGCAGCAGAAGCAACAAGAAGUUGCUGAAAUAGAUCCAUCAUUGGGAGGGAUCUGUGACAUGUCGAGCCGGAAUUGGAAUUUGUUGGGGGACUGGAUGGAUUCUCAAGAACAGCUAUCGACGAGCUUGUUCGCAUACGCCGGUUUGCCUGGCACGGGCACCGGCCUGAUGGGCAUGGACGGAAAUUAUAUGAAUACGAACAGGAGGCGGUUUCAAUAG